UGGAUCUAAUUGUGAAGAUUUACAUGGACAUGAAUAUUGUGAGGAACACCUGUAUUUUCUACGUGGUCAUUACGUGCCUUGACUUGGACGUCUGAUUACAAAUGGCAUUCCUAUCUGAACUCGUCAGCUCAUUGUUAUUCUGUGCAGAGCAGAGUGAAGGAUCCAGAUUCUUUACAGAGUGAGUGAGAUGCAGAGGAGGUGAACGGCCUAUCUCUGCAUGUGUGGUUCCCACCGUGAAGCAUGGAGGAGGAGGUGAACGGCCGAUCUCUGCAUGUGUGGUUCCCACCGUGAAGCAUGGAGGAGGAGGUGAACGGCCGAUCUCUGCAUGUGUGGUUCCCACCGUGAAGCAUGGAGGAGGAGGUGAACGGCCGAUCUCUGCAUGUGUGGUUCCCACCGUGAAGCAUGGAGGAGGAGGUGAACGGCCAAUCUCUGCAUGUGUGGUUCCCACCGUGAAGCAUGGAGGAGGAGGUGAACGGCCAAUCUCUGCAUGUGUGGUUCCCACCGUGAAGCAUGGAGGAGGAGGUGAACGGCCUAUCUCUGCAUGUGUGGUUCCCACCGUGAAGCAUGGAGGAGGAGGUGAACGGCCGAUCUCUGCAUGUGUGGUUCCCACCGUGAAGCAUGGAGGAGGAGGAAAAUGACCCAACACAGGCUGUGUUAGAUGACCUGGCCUCCACAAUCACCCGACCUCAACCCAAUUGAGAUGGUUUGGAAUGAGUUGGACCGCAGAGUGAAGGAAAACCAGCCAACAAGUGCUCAGCAUAUGUGGGAACUCCUUCAAGACUGUUGGAAAAGCAUUCCAGGGACGCUGGUUGAGAGAAUGCCAAGAGUGUGCAAAGCUGUCCUCAAGGCAAAGUGUGGCUACUUUGAAGAAUCUAAAAUAUAUUUUGAUUUGUUUAACACUUCUUUGUUCACUACAUGAUUCCAUUUGCUAUUUCAUAGUUUUUUAAAUCAGAAUCAAAUCAAAUCAAUUUAUAUAGCCCUUCGUACAUCAGCUGAUAUCUCAAAGUGCUGUACAGAAACCCAGCCUAAAACCCAGGAACCAGGCUAUGUGGGGUGGCCAGUCCUCUUCUGGCUGUGCUGGGUGGAGAUUAUAACAGAACAUGGCCAAGAUGUUCAAAUGUUCAUAAAUGACCAGCAUGGUCGUAUAAUAAUAAGGCAGUUGAAACUGGAGCAGCAGCACGGUCAGGUGGACUGGGGAAUGUACAAUGUAGAAUAAUAGUAAAAAUAAAGAAAAACCAUUGAAUGAGUAGGUGUGUCCAAACCAACCGACUGGUACUAUAACUACAGUGUAUCUACUCUGUGUUCAUGGAAUUCACUAGGAAGAGUAACCUACAGAUGCUGUUCUCUCCAAUCCCACCCAGACAAGUGCUGUGCUUCUCUUAGGCCAAAUAAAACCCAAGUGUUUUCCACUGGCGAGAAGAAAAGAAAACUCCUUAUUUUGAUCCAUUUCUUCUGCCGUAGUUGGUAACCAAGGGCUUUCUGCCAACUAACGUAGUAGUUAAAGAAACAACCUUCCAAACUUGGUCAUUUUCCACCCUCCAACAGAAACAAGUUGAAGGAUCCCCUUUAAACACAGUAAAUCACCCCCAGGGUCUUGUGUUCAGUCCAUUAUCCGUCCAGUUGUAGUUGGAAGCAACUGUUUUGGGAUCGAGGACGUAUUUAUCGCACUAUGGGGAAUGGCAGAACGUACACGAGAGGACUGUGUAUCACUUUCAAUGUCCUGCUUCUGGUAUCUGGGGUGUUUCUGUUCGUAGUUGGGGUUUCAUACAGCUUCCAACACCCUCCUGAGUUUGACCAUCGGAGUACCCUCCAUGAGAUGUACGUACUCAAUGUGUUUGGACCCAUGACGGUACUGUUCUCCAUCCUGGGAGGCUACGCUGCCUACAGAGACAAGAGAAUACUGCUGAUCCUGUAUGUUGUCUUCAUGACCUGUGAAUUCAUAGCCAUCGUAAUCAUCGCCGUGCCGAUGGUUCGUGCCCAACCGAAGAUGGAGGAGAUUCUGGACAGAAGGUUUCAAUCUGUGACUCCUCUUCACGACACUGAACCGCAAGUCCAGAGGGAGCUGAACAAACUCCAGGCAUCCGAUCAAUGCUGUGGACUGCGUGGCCACUCAGACUGGGGUUGUCACAUUCCACUCUCCUGCUACUGUCCUCCACUCCCUCCAGACAACUCAUUGGACAGUCUAUGUGAGACUGUAAAUGUAGGCCUACAGAACACUAUGCUAGACUGCCAGCACAAUAACACACACGGACAAACUACAACUUCAGUGUCCCAGGAGCGCUGGGUGUACAGCAAGCCUUGUGGUCCCAUCCUGAAGAGACACAUGAACUUCCUGAUUCAGAUCAUGAUCGGAUUCAUCUCUACAUUUGCCACUAUUAUGAUUGCUGCCAUAGUGAUGUCUCUGGUAGUGCUGGCCCUCCAGAUUCGGUCCACAGAGCCACCAGUCAACGACAGCCUCGACAGAGUCAAGUACCAACUCAGUCCUCUAGCUGUCACCUGACGUCAGCGCCAACACCACAGAUAACCCUGCUCUGCAUGAGGACGGGAACUUGAUUCAUAUAUACCAAACUCUUAUCCUCCUGCUGGUAUUUUGUUUGGAACACUAGCUACAGUGAAAAUCAACACACGGCUAAAUUCCAGUGCCUGAACUCAAAUGAAAAACAAACACACGGCUAAAUUCCAGUGCCUGAAACAUUCCUGUGCCUGAACUCAAAUGAAAAAAAAACACAUGGUGUGGCUCUCAUCCCACCUCUUCCCUGCUGUAGAGUUUGGUUAAAGUCUGGGUUUCGUUUGAUUUCCUGUACAUGAUAAAUGCCAAUUGUUCCCCUCAGAUCUAACUAUUGUACCUUGUUGUUAAAGUGCAUUAAAGAAUCUGAAACUGCAUGUUAAUAAUGAGUGUAAAAGUGUGGUAUGACAAUGGUGAAUGAACAAGGCAUUAUGAAUAUCUGUUCAACAUGGUGAAAGGUUUGUCAUCCUCACAACAACAAGCAUCAUGUCAGUAAACAACCAGCUCAGAGUUAAUAAAAUUAUAUGAUUUAAAUCAUUA